AAACCCUAGCUAGUUAGCACCUUCUCCUCUCCUCUCCUCUCUUCUUCCGGCGGCGAUUCCAUCCAUCGCAGAGAUCACAGAUCCUGCAAUUAUGGCUGAUGGUCAUGAGACGGAUAAAAACAUUGAGAUAUGGAAGAUAAAGAAACUAAUCAAGGCAUUGGAAUCUGCAAGAGGUAAUGGCACUAGCAUGAUAUCCCUUAUAAUGCCUCCUCGUGAUCAAAUAUCUCGCGUCACAAAGAUGCUUGGUGAUGAAUUUGGUACUGCCUCAAAUAUCAAGAGCAGAGUCAAUCGCCAGUCUGUGUUGGCUGCCAUUACUUCUGCCCAACAGAGGCUGAAACUCUAUAAUAAGGUCCCCCCUAAUGGCCUGGUUCUCUACACUGGCACAAUUGUUACUGAAGAUGGCAAGGAAAAGAAGGUCACAAUUGACUUUGAACCUUUCAAGCCCAUAAAUGCAUCACUCUACCUCUGUGAUAAUAAGUUUCACACUGAAGCUUUGAAUGAACUGCUAGAAUCUGAUGACAAAUUUGGUUUUAUAGUCAUGGAUGGUAAUGGCACUCUAUUUGGCACUUUAAGUGGAAACACACGGGAGGUACUUCAUAAAUUUACUGUGGAUCUACCAAAAAAGCAUGGAAGAGGAGGACAGUCAGCACUCCGGUUUGCUCGUCUGCGGAUGGAAAAACGACACAACUAUGUGAGGAAGACUGCAGAGCUUGCUACUCAGUUCUUCAUUAAUCCUGCUACUAGUCAGCCAAAUGUGGCAGGGCUAAUACUAGCUGGUUCUGCAGACUUCAAGACUGAGUUGAGCCAGUCAGAUAUGUUUGAUCCUCGUUUACAAGCUAAGAUUUUGAACGUUGUGGAUGUUUCAUAUGGGGGAGAAAAUGGUUUCAAUCAAGCCAUUGAGCUAUCAGCAGAAAUCCUGUCAAAUGUUAAGUUCAUACAAGAAAAGCGCUUGAUUGGCAAAUACUUUGAGGAGAUUAGCCAAGAUACUGGAAAAUAUGUCUUUGGUGUUGAUGACACAUUGAAGGCUCUGGAAAUGGGUGCUGUAGAAACCCUUAUUGUGUGGGAAAAUCUUGAUAUCAAUAGGUAUGUGCUGAAAAAUACUGCCACUGGUGAAAUUGUCAUAAAGCAUUUGAACAAGGAUCAGGAGGCUGAUCAGAGCAACUUCCGUGAUCCUGCCACUUCUGCUGAGUUGGAAGCUCAAGAUAAAACACCAUUGCUUGAGUGGUUUGCCAAUGAGUACAAGCGCUUUGGUUGCUCGCUUGAGUUUGUCACUAACAAAUCGCAAGAGGGAUCACAGUUUUGCAGAGGGUUUGGAGGAAUUGGAGGUAUACUCCGUUACCAGCUCGACAUAAGAUCAUUUGACGAGUUGUCUGAUGAUGGAGAAGUUUAUGAGGAUUCUGAUUAGGAAGCUCGCUCAACUCUGGUCCAGGUGGAAGGUGUGAACGUCUGUAUUCUGGGUUUUCAGUCUUUGUUGUUACUGCUGCCUUAAAGUCGAAAAAUAAUUUAAGAUGCUAUUGUUUUGGAUUUUGCCUAUUUAGAUGGUUAUACAUUGGUUGUGAGAUGUCAAGUCAGGAUCUUUGUUCUGCGCUUGCUUUCCCAUCUCUUUAUGCCUCUUGCAUUUGAAUCCUCUAUAACUCUAUUGAAGUGAUUGAGUUCCUAGCUUCUUGAAUUAAUCAUAAGUGGGAAA